GGUGGGCUAUUUACAUAUGAUGUGCUCGUAGUGCAGUACAUAAUGAAUUCAUCUCCACGUGAAGGCAACAGAAACUUCAGAGUUCUCUGACCGUGACAAGAGGAGCAAGUGAGAAAUAGAAUACCAGAGACAGAAGCGAGGAAUCUUUUUUUUUCUCCAAGCCAGAAUCGUCAGUCAAUGUCCAUGCUUUUCGCACCUCGACUCAGCAGUGGACACUUAGGAGGGGCUGAUAAUGCACCCACACCUGUCACCGUACCACAACAUCGAGACUGGAUUAAUUCAACUUUAAUAACUUCAUUCAGUGAGAGGACCGCAGAAAGGUGCGAAGUGCCACACACUUCAACUGUCACCAGAGCAGUGGAGAAUAACUCACCGUGGGAAGGUGGCUUCCCCAAAAUGCCAAAAUCUUUUCUCGUUAAGAAAACACUUGACGGACUUUACAUUCAGGUCCCAGCAGAGGCCCUAGCUGCGGAGAUUGACGCCCGAGAGGCAGCGGCCGCGGCAGCGAAACUGACGGACACCGACGCUGCGUCGUCACCAGCGCGAGACCCGUCAAGUCCCCGAGAGAGGAGACAAGAAGAAGAGAGGGAGGAGAAGGCAACAAGCAGGGACUGUGUCGCCCCAGACAGAUCAUCACCCGCGACGAGAUUAUCCGAAACUGAGCCAAUUACUCCACCACCACCACCAGUCGCAAAGACAGAGUCAGAGCUUUAUUCCGAGGUAGUAUAUGACUUGAGCAUGAAGUCUCCCCCACAGUCAGCCGUGGCCAUGAUUGCCAAGCCUGAACCUAUUCCAACAACAGAGACUCGCCACAUGGAACCCGAGGCGCUGAAAAUGAAAAGUUCACUGCCAGAACCUCUGAAAGUUCCAGAACUUCUGAAACCACGCAGUCCGGAGGUUCUGAAGUACCAUGACGUGCCGUUUUGGCAGUCGACUUUUGGCGGAUUCGGGUCGCCUUAUUUUGGCCUCUACGGCAGCAAUUUCCAUCGACUUCAUCAGUUACAUUUCCAAUCUUUGCACGACAGCUUUAAGUACAGUCCGUACUACCCACCGUUCCCAGGCGCCUACCUGCCGCCCCCGCCCAUCUUGCCAAUACCGAGAUCGUCGCCCCCUCUCCUGCCACAUCCUCCUAUGCCAGAGCGUUUGUACGCCGACAGCGGUCGCUAUGAGAGAUCCCCGAUCACAGAACUGAGCCCAAAGCAGAAAGAGAAGCCAAAGUUGCCCUGGAGCAUCGAAAGCAUCAUUGAAGACACGAAAGAUGUGGAAAAGAGGCGGAAACUAGGCGAUCCCCCGAGGUACCAUUGUGAAGCGUGUAACAAGAGCUACUCAACGUUCAGUGGACUGUCGAAACACAAACAAUUUCACUGUAUCACGCAGGUGAAGAAGCAGUUCAACUGCAAAUACUGCGACAAGACCUACGUGUCUUUGGGGGCACUCAAGAUGCACAUACGCACACACACGCUGCCCUGUAAAUGUAAACUUUGCGGCAAGGCGUUCAGUCGGCCAUGGCUACUUCAGGGACAUAUUAGAACGCACACAGGGGAAAAACCGUUCAAGUGCCCUCACUGCGGACGCGCGUUUGCGGACCGCUCGAACUUACGUGCCCACCUCCAAACCCAUUCCGACAUCAAGAAAUACAGCUGCAAGUCCUGCACGAAGACAUUUUCUCGCAUGUCUCUUCUUCUCAAACACGAGGAUGGCGGAUGCGCGGGCAUCAUUCACGUGGGAUGAACAGGGUUUAUUUAGUGUUACUGCCUAUAGUGUCAAUAAUGUACGUCAGUAAGGAGUAGGCAGAUCCCCUCUUCUACUGACCGCAAGUUAACGAACAACGACAAAAAAGAUGACAGUUUUUUGUUUGUUUUUACUCACGAGUUUUAGAUUUAGGUUUGAAAAGCCGUAGACCAGAAAACUCUUCUUAACUCUUGUUAACAUUAUGUACGAAACAAACUGCGUUGUUUAGAAAUGCGCAAGUAACAUUUACAAUGUUUUACGUGUCACUUGUUAUUAAUAUUUUAAUGGAAGCAAUCAUUUAUUCGAUACAGAAAAUCACCAGCUGCUCAGUGUUGGGAUAAACGCCCUGUAAUUACUUGACAUUAACGCUGAAAUUGAGUUCAGCUGUCCUUACUAGAUAUUUUAACCAUUUCCAAUGUUUAGUACACGCCAACGCAUAUUCAUUCCUUACAAGUCUCUGUCAAGUGUCUCUGUCCUGUCAGUGACCUGGUGUCAACACUACUUUGCUAACGAAAAAGUGGAUAAGUAAAGGCGAUUUAUUUGGAUAGCCGUGUUUCUAUAGAGACGUGAGCUGCAGCAAUGUAUGGUGUAUUUCUUUUUUUUACCUUGAUAUGCGUGAUAUCGCUUAUAUACAUUAACGUGUACACCAAGAAAUAUUUGUUAUUUCUGUCUCAGCCGCAGAUAAGUCUGCUGAUUUGUUUUCACGGUUUAAGUCAUUUGAUAUGAAUCAUUAUUUUUCAUAGAGGUUAUUUAACAUUGGCUUUGAGAUAUUUAUAUGCCAACACGGUUUCGUUAUUUAAUCGUUUAUAUUAAAUGUUAAGUAUAGUUAAUGAAUUUAUUGGUGCUAAGAGGUCUCACGUCAACUUAGAUGGGGAAAAAGGUUUGAAAUUGAGCAUUGAGCAAAGCACGUGUAUGUAGAACUCUACACUGUAUCUCAAAAGCAGGUGACUCAGUUUUCUGCGUUUAAAUGCAAGGUAGAGCUGCAGUCGGUGGUUAAGUUAAGCUGAGAUGCACAGACGCCCCGUUCGUAUUUAUUUAUCAUUUAUCUGCUGCGCGUGCGACUGGAUCCACGCGUCUUAGACACAUAGCCACUCUAAGUGGCCGGCUCUCACAGGGUAGACAGAAAAAAUAAACUGUUGAUGAUUUCAUUAACUCCAAUUAAACAUCUUAUUAGAUGAGAUUAUUUAUUUAGAGAGUUUCCACGGAGCACGGAACGUCGCCCAUAAGGCAUUUGCAUGCUGACCGUGUAGGUUAUUAUAUAAGAGUUUGUUUUUAGAUUGUAUUCAAAUCCUGCCUUUGGUUAGAAGAUAGGUGUAUGUUACAAUGUAGCUCACUUAAAACCAUGUAAGAUUUAGGAAAGGAAGAAGGUAAUUAAUAUAACUUAAGCGCCACACUAAAUGCCAACGUUGAGGUGCGUACAGCGAACGGUCAAAACCUGUUCUUGGGAGUCUCAUUUGGUGUCUGAGUUUUUUUCUUUUUUUCGAAAACACUUUCCGAAAAUUGGUUUGAAUAAAAUUUUAAGACUGAAAAUUGUACUCUACGUUAACACUUGAUAAAUCAGAAGUUGUCCAAUUAACUUAAAUACUGCGCUCGUUUUAUAAGAAGAAAGACGGGCUAAAUUUAAGUUUUAUUAUGAACAAAAAUAUACGGACAUUUUGGUUUAAACGUUUUUUGAUCAAUUUUCGGACCGGGGAUCUAUUGUCAGACUGGUCCCUGAGCUUUUUUGCAGUGGGACUGAUAGCAAGACAAGUUUGCUGAGUAUUGUAUAGUCCACAACAAUGUGUACAAUGUCUGUUAGGGAGGAAGUGUUUAACUAAGGUCUCUGAAGGAAUAAA